GUUUUCUUUGCAAUAUGAUUUUGUGAGUUGGAGUUGUUUGUUAAAUGAUGGGCAGCUCAAUUGAGAAAUAAUUAUUCAAUAGAGAUUUCGAGAACAAAGACCGCUGUCAAAUCAUUUGGUGUGGGUUUGCUCCUCAAUAAUUACUCAAUAUAAUCUGGGUUUGCUGUCCAAUUGAUUACUAGUUAACAAAUAGGAUCACUUUUUCAGUUGUUGAAGCUAGCUCACACUUAGCAGCAAAAAACAGUUAUUGAUGUGUCCUAAUAGAACAACCAAUGAGCCGUUGGGUACUUUUUGAACUUCGUAUUAUUUCUUCAAAAAUAUGCCUUUGAACAUCUUACUAUUUCUCUUCCGUGUUGUGCAGUGACAAGAGAGUGUGUAUGAAGGUGAUGCAAAAGUGAUCUUUCGCAAGUCAAAAUUCUUCUAGAUGGAGGAGUUCGUUAAAGAAAAUGCUGAAAUAUUUAACACAAUAUCAAAUUCGAAAGAUAGAUCCUGCCUAUUACGCUGUUUUCAUAGCAUUCUAAGCAUCUUAAAAGAAAAUUUCAAGUCCGAAAUCUUAAUAGAAAAGGUCAAGUCCGAAAUCUUGCCUUCCGUGCAUGAGGAUUAUGAAAAGGCCAUUGUUUGCCUCAAACAAUUCGAUGAAGAGAGCUCUUUGAUCUACAUUAAUUUAGCAGCUAAAGGCCUCUGCAAUGCAAAAGACGAGAGUGGGUAUCAAGGUUCUAGAUAUGACUUUGUCAUAUUUCUGCUGGCCGGUUUCCUUGCUGCAAAGUUUGGCUUAUUUCAUUGCAGCAUUGGUUACUUGGCCUGCCUAGAUAAAGGUAUUCUACAAGAAAAAUUGAGAAGCAGCAUUCAAACUUUUUCCGAUUUCAUGAAGACGGACGGUAAGUCCUAUAUAGAGAUUGAAAAUAACGAUUUAGAUCAAUGGAUUGCGGGUGUGUUUGUGUAUUGGUACCGCAGUGUCGGAAGUCCUAUAUGGAGAGAUUUGAGUGAAGAUAAUUUAGGAAAUUUCAAGAAAAUGUAUGGCAUGUAUGGAGAGGCACAACUACAUUUAAAGAAGGGAACAGCGCGUGAUAUGAUGCGGUUUCAAUUUUGCCGCUUGAUCGAAUUUAUAUGCCAAGAUCUGCUAAUGAAAGAUACUCGUGAGAAUCUUACUGUAAGACUAAAAGCACAGAAGGUUAAGCAAGAACUUGAGAAAAAGCUAAAAAAUUUGGAUGCUUUUAUCGGAGAGUUUAACGUGAUGGACAUUGGCUGCUUUGGGUUCCAGAUUCUUUUGACCUCUGGUGUGUUAUACCAGCGACUUGAAAAUUACACAGCUGCUGCUCUCUCGUUUGAAAAAGCUCACACUGUUCUUGGUGUCCUUGAAGAUCCUUUUAAGAAUUCUUUUGAAGCUAUAAAGUUUGCAAAGAAUCAGAUUUAUUGUCAACUUAGAGUUCCUUUGCCUUCCCCUCCGGUUGGUUCUGAUGAGGCUUCACAGCAUACUUGCGGGAAAAAAAAGGAAAAUGCUUCAGAAAAUAUCAACACGGGCACUAGUGCGGAAAAUAUGGAUAUGGAGGCUGAAACUCUAAAAUGCCAUAUCCAGCAUCCUCCUCAUUUGUAUGGCAUUUUAGAGUUUCAGCCUCCAUAUCCAUAUUUUCCGCACUAG